UCUUAGUUUAAUGUCACGUGGGACACAAGGCAGCAUUAAAGACAGAAACUCAGCUUAAGUUCAGUUUCCCAAUAGGUGUGCUAUUUAUAGGAGAUCAAGUAGACCUUUAGUAGAUGCACGUAUGUCAGCGGAACUUGUAAGAGGUUAGCAAUAUGUGUGUGACGUCGUUAGGAGAUACUACUGUGCUGUAGAGCUGUGCUGUCAGCUGAAUCAAAUAGUUUGUCCUCUGUAUCUUGAAUGUGGUACUUUUCUACUUUUUCAGGAUAUAAAUAAGAUAUCUCAUUAAUUAUUUAAUGUCUAAUUAAUAACAGGUUUGUAAUUUGAGUUUGUACUCAGGUCCUGAGCACCUCUCAGACCUCCUCAUUUUAGGCAGUUUAAAUUCAAGGAGAAAAACAGUAGAUGUCUUUUAAGUAAAUUCCACUUUCGAGACAAACUCUGAUGACUUUCAGUUUCACAUCGACUCAGCUGAGUCCCCUCUGCCAGCACUCAAAAACAUGUCUUUGAAUGAAUUAACUAUUGCUUCAGUGAGACUUUCUGAAUAGGGUCACUGUGUCAGGAGUAAUAAUGAAGCCUUGUCAGUGUCUCUUACAAUGGAUUGUACUAUUUCCGCUUCAUAACGAAACCGUGUGCCUGAAUCCGUCAUAUACACUAGAACUUUCUGUCCCUCAUCUGUUCUCACUCUUGUCACUGCUUUAUCCAACUUUGACAUGAACGCUGGAUAAGCACUUUUGUUGCCAUUCCAUGAGGAAUAGUGCUAUCCAUUGUGGCUGUCGCACCGCAUGUCAUAUCUCACCAACACUCCAGCCAGUAGCAUCACUUCAUCUUGCUGUCGCGAUUAGGGAAUAAACACCUUAAAUACAGUGUGAUGGAGAGGUGUAGGGCUUUUUUUUUUUUUAGCAGAGGCAGAGUGGUUUAUCUGUUAUUUAUAAAGGUGGUGUGUGCGUCGUUGCUCAUCUUUGUGCACAAUAGGUAUUUCCUUUACCCCAUGUUAAUCAAUGUCCUAUUUACUGUGGUCGUUCAAGAAGAUUACUCAAACUGUGGUCCAGGCUCAAAGCACAAAUGCAGUGCGGAAAUGUGAGACUCGCUGAGGCCUUGUGCAGGAUUAACUGCUACUGAAUAUGGUAUUGGAUUUUAUUUUGAUGCUCAGUAUAAUUACACAUACACAGUAUUAGGGUAUUCUUAAUUCUGCUUUCUAAUUCACCUGUAAAUCUAAUGCAGUAUCUGUCUAUAGUGUUGGUCUAAUAACACAAACAGCGUAAAUGCACUUUGCUCACACUCACAAUGUAGAAAGAGACGACUUCUAAGGUUUACAUUUAUAUUAUUCAUCUCAUACCAACACAAAAGGCGAAGAUAAAACAAAGGUUAUACAAUACAUCCCUUCCUAAAGUAGAAAUGAAAACUGGGGGAAACUUGACAUUUGUCUGAAGAGUGUUUUGAAACUCGCUUUCAUCUUUUCUUUGUUGUCUUUCCUAUCAAGCAAUAACUCCAAGUCAAAAAGCCCCAGCAUCAAGUUCUUGUACAUCAAAACACAAAAGAAACAAGAAGAAAUCUUACAAUUUGAGACAACAACAAAUUAAUUCUUCAUGAAACAGCAGUUUGAAACCGUUUGAAGUGGAAGAAGAUGGCUCUUGCCAAGUUCUCGUUCUUGAUACAGAUUCCGACGCCUCAACGCAGGGUCCAUUUCCCAGAUGUGGAGCGAGUGGAGUGGCUAAACAAGACGGUGAAACAGAUGUGGCCCUACAUCUGCAAGUUUGUGGAGAAACUGUUCCGGGAGACGAUCGAGCCGGCGGUGAAGGAGUCCAACGCCCACCUCAGCACCUUCUGCUUCAGCAAGAUCGACAUCGGAGACAAACCCCUGAGGGUCAAUGGGGUCAAGGUUUACACAGAGAAUGUGGAUAAGCGACAGAUCAUCAUGGAUCUACAGAUCAGCUUUGUAGGCAAUACAGAGAUUGACGUGGACAUUAAACGCUACUACUGCAAAGCUGGUAUCAAGAGCAUCCAGAUCCACGGCGUGUUGAGAGUGGUGAUGGAGCCGUUGCUGGGUGACAUGCCUCUUGUUGGAGCUCUGUCUCUGUUCUUCCUCAAGAAACCACUUCUCGACAUAAACUGGACAGGUCUCACCAAUAUACUGGACAUUCCUGGGCUCAAUGGCUUUUCUGACAGUCUGAUUCAAGACAUAAUCUACAGUUAUCUGGUAUUACCCAACCGUAUCACCGUCCCUCUAGUCGGGGAUGUGGAACUGGCCCAGCUACGCUUCCCCAUGCCAAAGGGAGUCCUGAGGAUUCACUUCUUGGAGGCUCAGGAUCUGGAAGGGAAAGAUAAAUUUCUAGGGGGGCUGAUCAAGGGCAAGUCUGACCCCUACGGCAUCCUGCAGAUCGGCAACCAACUGUUCCAAAGCAAGACAAUCAAAGAGAGCCUCCAUCCCAAAUGGAAUGAAGUUUACGAGGCAUUGGUGUACGAGCACUCAGGUCAACACCUCGAGAUUGAACUGUUUGAUGAGGAUCCAGACAAGGAUGAUUUCCUGGGAAGCUUGAUGAUCGAUAUGACUGAGCUGCACAAAGAACAGAAGGUUGAUGAGUGGUUUGACCUGGAGGAGGCUCCUACUGGGAAACUCCACUUAAAACUGGAGUGGCUGUCUCUGCUUUCCACUCCCACGAAGCUGGACCAGGUGCUGCGGAGCGUGCGUGCAGACAGAAGCCUGGCCAAUGAUGGGCUAUCAUCAGCCCUGCUGGUGGUGUAUCUGGACUCAGCAAAGAAUCUGCCAAGUAACCUGUCAGAUUUCACCUAUGACGGGUUGAAGCAAGUCUCAGUCUUUAAGGCCCUGAAGUCUGCAAAGAAGAGCAGCAGUGAGCCCAGUCCUUACGUCCAAUUAACAGUUGGACACAAAUCACUUGAGAGUAAGAUCCGGUACAAAACCAAGGAGCCUAUGUGGGAAGAUUGUUUCUCAUUCCUCGUUCACAAUCCCAGGAGGCAGGAGCUUGAAGUGGAGGUGAAAGAUGACAAGCGGAAGUGCACCCUGGGUAAUCUGACGGUGCCUUUGAGCGGGCUGUUAGCGGAGGAGGACAUGACGCUGACUCAGUGCUUUCCUCUAAAGAACUCCGGGCCCAGCUCCACCAUCAAACUUAAGAUGGCCCUGAGGAUCCUGUUGCUGGAGAAGCAGGGAUCCUCAGACCAGCCUUCCACCGUCCGGGUCAGGAAGUCCAGUGUGCCGCAGCCGACCACGACAACCCCCUCGCUGAGACAGUCAAUCUCAGAAUCCCCGCUGCCUUCGUUCACACCCCCGCCACCUAUAGACGCCUCCACUCUUACCCUCCAACACAGGGACGGCGAGCCGUACUCAGCCAGCCCUCUCCGCAGUACCUCCAGCCUGAGCACCUGCAUCUCCAGCUCCCAGAAACACCUGCCUCAUAAGGAGUCCACACCCAGCCUGGCCUCGGAUAUCUCCCUGCCCUUUGCCACCUUGGAGCUUCAGCAGAGGCUACGACAGCUGCAGAAUGGCUCGGCCCCCAGCCAGUACCCCCUGGGCGAGAUCCAGCUGACUGUUCGACACAGCUCGCAGAGAAACAAACUCAUUGUGGUGGUACACGCCUGCCGUAACUUGAUAGCCUUCACCAAAGACGGCUCAGAUCCCUUCAUCCGCCUGUAUUUGCUGCCUGACAAGAGUCGGACGGGGAGAAGGAAGACCGGCACAAUGAAAAGGACCCUUAACCCUGUUUAUGAUCAAACGUUUGAAUUUAGUGUAUCUAUGGUGGAGCUCCACAGGAGAACUCUGGAUGUAGCAGUGAAGAACGGAGGGAGCAUCCUGUCUAAACACAAAGGGCUCUUGGGAAAGGUGCUGGUAGAUUUAAGUGGGGAUGAUAUAUCAAAAGGAUGGACACAAUGGUAUGAUCUGAGUGAAGAUGGUUUGUCGUCUCAAUGCAUGAGAAGUAUUCAAGACCCCCUCCUCACAUAGUGACACCACCUCUGCUGUAAUAUAGUGAUCAUGUUAAUUUAAGGGCACAUCAUUUUGUUGUAUUCAUGUACAUUUGUCAUAUAGUUUACAGGAAUAAUUUCAGCAUGUUUUUUCAAACAUUUCCUUUCAUUUCAUCGAUGAUCAUGGUCGGAAGAUAUUGUAACAUAUUGUAAUAAAACACACCAACUGCCUUGUCUCUGUUUUCAGUGUUUUAUGUAAAUAUCAAGUUGAUAUUCUGUUAGAAAUGUCCAAUUUGUUAAAAUGUGACAAAUUCUGUUUUGUCUGAGAAAACUCUUACCAAAGGAAAAGAUAAAAUCACAAGAGUAGGCUAAAGUAGCAGUUUUGACUUUGAUAUUUUUUCUGUUAUGCAGUGUUAUUUGAUUGUUUACCUCUUAUUGUUCUUUAUGCUCGAUUACAAACGUGAAAUGCACAUAUGCAAAGAAUAAAAUGAUUGCUCUGUAUGUUUUAGGAGGACUUUGUGCAAUAUUGGUUGCUCUGAACAUUGGCUCAGAUACUGAAGACCUUGGGCACAUUUUAGGGCUAUGAACAAAUGCUGUGUAACAUGAACAGUGUAAAGGAUACUUGAAUAAGGGUUCAAACCAAAUGUGAGUCAACAGUGACACAACAGUUAUUGUAUUUUAUGAGCAGGGGGCUGCCAGAGUAUGUUGUUAAGAGGACACAGCUUGUACAUGUUUUGCCAAGCAAUUAAAACUGUUGGAGCUUUUAAGUACUUCUCUUGUUAUCUAUCCUGUGCCUUAAAAACUCACUAUGUAAUUUUGCCUUCUUAAUGUUAUAAUUUUGAAUGACAAGAUGCCUCUUCUUGGCUUUUGAUGAAUAAAUGGUUUCUCUUGUGAAAAU